AUGACAAAAUUAGGAGUGCACGGCGAAAGUCCUGAGGAGAAGGAGAAGGAGAAGGAAGCCGGUGAGACCGUUAAGGUCGAUCCAAAGGUAGGUGUUACAGAUAAUUAG